CCUGAAAGCUCCCUCUCAUCUUCUUCCAACCAAACCCAGCACCCUCUAUUCCUUUGCCUCAAAGCUUCACUCUUCAUCUCACCCACAUACGUUUAGUAAUUUCUACAAAGAAUUGGAGGUCAUCCCCUGGUGUUUAAAUGUCUCAACCGGAAAUUGAAGUUGGUUGAAUCUGUUCUGCUCUUUUCAUGGCAUCUCAAGGCAGCAACUUACCCAUUAACAGUGUGCAGUUGGAGAUUAGAAAUAAGAAGCUAAGUGGUCAGAAAAAGAGAGAAGCUUUAGAAAGAGAGGUUUCAAUGCUUCAGAAAAUGCUGCAUCAAGAGGAAAAAAUGCAUGAGAUUUUGGAACAAGUGCAAGAUAAACGUGAAGGGUCUGCCAUUUCUAUCCCCAAUUCCCUCCCUCCGAAGGUGAAAGAGCUCCUAGCAGAGUUAGCGAUGGUUGAUGGGGAGAUAGCUCGUCUAGAAAGUCAAAUUAGCCAGCUUCAAGAGACUGUGAAACAAGAACAGGAAGCAACCAAAGAAGCAAAAUCAAAACAGCAGCAACCUGCAAUUCCAAGUAACCAAUUUCCAGGCUUUCCAUCUCCAACGCCUCUUCAAAACCCCUUGAUCAAGCAAGGUGGGCAAGAAAAGAUGGCAUUUGAGACAAAGGCAUUGCAUUUCAUAAGUAAAGCUAUCAAAGGUGAUUACACUCUUAGUGACUUCAGGAGUACUGUAAAUGAGAGAACUGUGAGGGGAUUUUCUGAUCAGAAAGAAAAUCAGUUUCAAGAGGAAGCUAAAUUCCAAGAGAGGGUUCCGAGAAAAAGUGGAUUGCUGAAACCACCAUCACCCUUCAGAGACCUUAGACAUUCAUCACCUAAGCCUAGGGAACGUAUUCCAGAGAAUUCAAUUGACAUGCCACCAAGAUCUUUAUCUGGUGUAAUUCUAUCUGAAGAGGACAGUCAGAACCUGCAUCCCAACAAGCUAUCUGAGAAUAUCAUGAAGUGUUUGAAUUUCAUAUACGUCAGGCUGCUAAGAACAUCAAGAGCAAUGGAGCUGGAGAAGUCAGGCCCAAUUUCUAGAUCUGUGCACUCUUCUUUAAGUUCCAGAAGCUUCAGAGUGGAGAACAGCUCAAACUCAAAAUCAAGUCUGCUGUUGCAGAAGGAAUCAAGGCAACAAGACCCUUAUGGCAUCUUUGACUUGGAAGAGUCCAUUCCGAGGGACAUUGGCCCAUACAAAAACCUUGUGAUAUUCACAUCAAGCUCCAUGGACCAGAAAUGCAUUGCAAGUUCUAGUUCCAUUCCUUUGCUAAGGAAGUUAAGGGUGUUAAUGAACAGUCUUCAAACAGUGGACCUGAAAGCUCUGAAUUAUCAACAGAAGUUAGCAUUCUGGAUCAACAUGUACAAUGCUUGUAUCAUGCAUGUAGGAUAUCUCCAGUAUGGGGUGCCUAAUUCUCCUGAAAAAUUCCUUACCUUGAUGAACAAGGCAACUCUCAACGUAGGAGGGAACAUAAUCAGUGCUCAAGCAAUAGAACACUACAUCCUAAGGAAGCAGGGAGCACCUUCUAAUGCAAAAGAGAAGGAAGACAAAGAAGCCAUUGUCCGGAAACUCUACGGACUUGAAUCAAUGGAUCCUAACGUAGCAUUCGCUCUGUGUUGUGGAACCCGUUCAUCUCCUGCAGUAAGAAUCUACACAGCUGAAGGCAUUGUGUCUGAGCUGGAGAGAUCAAAGCUAGAGUACCUACAAGCAUCAGUGGUGGUGACCAGCACGAAGAAAAUCGCGUUUCCAGAGCAGCUUCUCCGGAGCAUGCUUGAUUAUGCAACGGAUAUAAAUUCACUGGUGCAGUGGGUUUGCCACCAGUUACCUACAUCCGGAUCACUCAGGAAAUCAAUGGUGGAUUGUUUUAGGAGCCAUAACAGUGGCAAGAUAACAAUCAAUGUUGAGAAGAUACCUUAUGACUUUGAGUUCCAGUAUCUGUUGGCAAUGUAAACAAAAAAUACUACUAUAGUUUUCCUUUGUUUGGUAUGAAAGAACAUGAAAGGAAGAGAAUAUUUGGAAUGUCAUGAUAAUUCAUUUUUUGAAUAAUAAUAAAACUAUACUCGUAUA